AUGACGGCUCUGAAGAAGUUUGUGAGGGCUGAGCAGCCAGUCAAGUCUGUCCCACAGAAUGGUCAAACGUUAAACCGUCCCACCAAGCCAAAACUCCCAUACAUCUCUCAGAGUGUCUAUCAGGAUCAAAAGCCAGGCACCUCAAAACAAAAUGGUCCAUCUAGAAAGAAGGACAACAAAAAGAAGGAACCUCUUUGUAUCAGAGAGGUAACAAGAAAAUAUGGCAAAAAGUUGAACAAAUUGGAGCAGAAGGAGAUCCUGGGAUACUCUGAGAUCUGGUACCUCGGCCUAAAGGCUGAGAAGCUCAAAGAGUAUGAUGAUGACAAAGGGCAUUAUAUUAUGGUUGCUCAUGACCACAUUGCCUAUAGAUAUGAGGUACUUGAUGUUUUGGGUAAAGGAACAUUUGCACAGGUGUUCAAAUGUCAGGACCACAAGACCAAUGAGAUGGUUGCUAUUAAAAUUAUGAUACAAAAUACUUUGUUGUUUAUCAGGAAAGAAUAUAAGACAGAAGUCAGGAUUUUGGAAGCUCUGGUUCAGAAAGGCAAAGGCACCAGCACCAAUGUCAUCCAAAUGAAAGAGCACUUCACCUUCCGCAACCAUUUCUGCAUUACAUUUGAGCUUCUGGGGCCAGACAUGCAUGCACUUCUUAAAAAGCGCCAAUGCCAGGGAUUUUCCAAGAUACUGGUCCAUCGUUUUGCCUGCUCAUUGGUGAAGUGCCUACAGGUCCUUCACGAUGAGAAGAUCAUACAUGCUGAUCUCAAGCCUGGCAAUAUCCUGGUCAGCAGUGAAGAGCACUUUGACGUCAAGGUGGCUGAUUUUGGAAUCAGCUGCUAUGAGGAUGAACAAGUUUAUAAGUACAUAGGAACUCGGUGGUAUCGUCCUCCUGAGGUGCUUCUGCAACAGCCCUACAACACUGCCAUGGACAUGUGGAGCCUUGGCUGUGUCCUAGCAGAGUUUUACACUGGGCGACCCAUCUUCCCUGGCAGAAAUGAGCUAGACCAGCUGUCCUGUAUCACAGAGGUGCUUGGAUUUCCUCCUGCUGAUAUGACUGAACAAUCUAAAGUUUGGUCUGACUUUCUUGGUAAAUGCAAUACAUUCACUUACACAUUGUGA